AUGGGAGUCCCAGUAGUCCACUGGCUGGUGAAACCAAGAACCCCACAUGGACGAUCGUUCGCCCUCAGGGCACCAGUUAGAGAGCAGACACUUAAACCGGACUCCUCAGACAAAUGGACUCUCCGAUCUGAAAAACACUGCUGCUAUUGGUUUGAUACCACCGAUGAAGUCCUUAAUGCUGGAGGAAGUGGUAGGCCAAGAGCUGGUCGCACAGAGGAACGAGUCAAAGUCAUUUCUGAGACAGUCAAGAUGAGACCAAAAACAGCAGAAGUUAGUCGAAUCUCCAAUCUCUCAAUGCCCUUCCUUGACCCGGAAGGCCUGAAACAAGCUAUUGACGUUGCCAGCCAGAACAUCCGAUGGGAUCCAAACUUCAAGAAAGCCUCCUGGAGAGUGUUUUCCGCCAUCAAAGAACGAAAGCAGAAGUGUGUAAUUCAACGCAGAUCCCACGUUGAAGCUCAUCAGUUUAAAUAUCAUACUUGA